AUGAAACGUUCACACAUGCUUCCGCAUUACCGUCCCGAUGCCAUCAAUAAUGAAGCCGGGCGGGAAAAAACAAAACGGGCCACCUCUCCCGGCGAGGCGCCCGCCGACACUACAGCCUCCUCGUCAAAGAUCAGAAUUGCAUAUCUGGGUUGCGUUAAUGAGCGGCGGGGGGGAGGGAUGGAGGGGGGAGGGGGGGGGGCACCCGGCCCGGUGGGGGUCGAAAAAGUGGCACCGCUCGCGCGCGAAUAUAAAUUCAUCGCCAAAAAAUCAUUACGCGGGGGUGGUAUUACUGCUCUCUGCGCGAGUUCGUUCCUAUAG